AUGGCGAAGACAAUCUUUUUGAUGUGUCAAUUCCAAAGUCAUGGCUCUGGUGGAGCUGUGUCUGCCAUCGGAAUCCGUAUCACCAACAUGACCUAUGGUUGGACCACUGUAGCAUCGGCGCCUGCUACUGGAACGACGGUUAUUGUCGGGCUGAUGAAACGGGACCGCGCAAUGAUUGUUACGUACACUGAAAUACUCCCAAUUUUAUACUCGGACAACACAAUAUAUAUUCACAGCGUUCCGUUCAGCAGCCAUAUCUUAAGGAUACUACCGCUGCAGAAUUUAGCAAUGAUGACGUCUUUAGAAUUCAUGUGGGAUCUUGACACUUCUCCGGAUGUAAUACCAUGGGUCCGUAGCGAGGAUGUUGACAAAGUCAAGCUUAAACGUUGGAAGGUCUUCAAGGACUUGAUGUCAAUGAUUAACAAAUCAACCUUCCAGAGUCUACAAAAACUCGUCCUUGUUAUUGUUGACAACAGAGAUGGGCGGAGAUGGUUCCCCGACGAAAUCAUGGCUGCGUCCCAAACGAAACCGCCUCAAUUCAUUCUCUUGGACCCGCCAGAUCGAAUUGCUAGGGAGUUUGGUGGGCAGCUACAGAAAUUCGAACUCACCCUUCCUUACGAUAGGGCUGCUGACCUCGAAAGUAAGCUGGUGGAUAAGAUGGAUAAAACUCAAGUUAUAAUGCGCCAUCCCGGACUUGCUAUGAUCCGGAAAUUCUGGAGAUCAAUACCUAAGCAGCUCCCAAUCCACGAGGAACUCGGUUUUUCUGGAGAGCUUGGGUACUGGAUCAUACACGGACAUUGUUUAUCACCAGGUAUCUGGACUUGCAGCCUUGGUACUGGACGAAUCACGCCGCCGAACUACUAG